AUGCCAAGCAUAAAUGAUGAAAUUUUGAUCUUAGAAGCCUUGGAGGAAGCUGCUCAGGCUGCUGUCAAGGUUCAAAGUUUUGCAUUUUUAAGAUAUAAAACUACUGCUAUUAGAAAACAAUCGUCUAUAGUAUGGGUUGUCACAAAGGUUGAAUAUGUUUAUAAUUAUUCAUUACUUUUGUCAAAUGAAUUUAGUAAUAGUAGUGUCAUUGUGCCAAAGGAUAUUAUAAAUCAAUGUGCACAAAUUAGAUAUGCACUUAAUGAGGGCCCUAAUGCUGAUUCAGCUCAGAAACUUUUACAUCUUUUACAACAACACGAUUACAUAAUAGAACUUUUAAAAACACAACAUAGAUACUUGAUGCAUUUGUUUUUUUCUCAUAUUGAAGUGGCAAAGCAUACAGCGAAGUGUUCUGAAGUUUUAAUUGUUGAUUCUACGUAUAAAAUGAAUGUAUACAAAUAUCUACUUGUAAGUGCAGUUGGCGUCAGCAAUAUUGCAAAUGAAAAAGGUUCAUUGAAAACAUUUCAAAUUGCAAUGGCAUGGAUAGAAAAUGAAAAUAAAGAUGUGUUCAUGUCAGAUAGAGAUAAAACACUUUGUAAUGUUUUUAAAGAAAUUUUUUCAGAAGCAGAUAAAAUGUUAUAUACUUGGCAUUUGGUAGAGCAAAAUCUCAAGAUAAAUUGUUAUAAGCUUUUUGAGAAUGAUGAUGAUUAUUUAGAGUUUAAAAAAGUGAUUAAGACAUUACAAUUGGCAUUUAAUGAAGAACAUAUAAAAGUAGCAAUGAAGUCCAUUACUAACGCUGCAAAAAAAGCAUAUGAUUUAAAAAAGUCUGUGAUAUAUGUUGAAACUUUAAUGGAAGAUUCUAAAUUAUGGAUCUAUGCAUUUACAAAAAAUUAUUGUCACAUGAGUAUUUCAAUUACUGCAUAUGCAGAAUCAUCGUAUAGUGCUUUCAAACAUGCAAUAGAAACAGCGAGUGAACUAGAAACUGUUUUUAAAAAAAUUGAUCAACAAAUGCGAAUGCAACAUCUCAAAGUGGUCAUACAUACAG